AAUAGUAAUCCAAUGUAUUAUCAACAAUACAAUGGACCAUUGAAUUAUGAGCUUGAUAGCAGUAAUGGAUUAAUACCAUUGGAACAUAAUGACUAUCCACUGAUAUCAGUUGUGGUAGAGCCAAUCCAUGUAUCCUCUAGUACUGUAACUAAUACAAAAAUGGUAUCAAGUACAUCUACACACAUCACUGCUACUGCUGUAACACCAAUUAAUAGCAACUUGGCUUCUUUGACUAUUAGUACAGGCCACAGUACUAUAAAGUCUGCAUCAAGCAGCUACUUGUCACACAAAACAGAUUUACCUACAGAAUCAAAGGAGUCCAACACUUUUGUCUACAGCACAAGUUUGAUACCAGCUCCUACAUUGCAACUAACUUCAGGCAAUAUACCUACAACACUAGUAGCAGUACUUAGUACAGUAUUUAUAUUACUGGUAGUUACUAUACUAGUAAUAUUAAUAGUGAGUGUAUUAGUGUGUAGGAGACGUUCAAAAAAUGGGAUUGGUUCAUCUGCUGCUAAUGAUCUCAUUACUGAUACUGAAACAUCUAAUACCCUCCAGAAGGAUAUUCCAACUAUACCACAAGAUUAUGAAGAGGCAAGACCAAUAGCAGAAUGGCAUAAAAGUAUAUUGUCCGACAUUAAUUUAUCAACUAAUCCUUCUUAUGGAAUAACUAGAGGAUCAGAAAAUAUAAGUUCUCAAAGUGGUAUUGACAAUCCUUCAUAUGAAUUUAACACAACAAGAAAUGAAAGUAAUAGCGAAGAGUCACUGGUAUAUGAUGAACCAAGGGUAGUAAUGCAUAACAGAGAAAUGCAAGCAUCACCGUAUCAUAUAACAUAAAACUAAAUGAACUUCAGUGAAAUUGUAUAAAUAUUGUCAUUGUUAUUAUUAUUUAUACAGUAGUACAUAAUGAAAUAUUUGUUUGAAUGUUUGAAUGGACACAAGGAUUGUAUAUAACUAAUGGAAAUAGUUUAACAAUGUA